UACCGAUCUUCGUCCAGUCUUAUCUUAUCUGGCCUAUAUUUGAGGACCCAGUUGGAGUUCUUAACAAAAUCAUUCAUUCAUGUGAUGUGGGUCAAUUGGAUAGAAAAUUUGAAAUAAGAAUGUUAGACGUAGUUUUUCAGGAUGAAUUAUAUGCAGGCCAUCUGGAAAGUUUGAAGCAAAAAUCCAAUCCAGAAAAUUUCUGAAACAGUUGAUGGAUGAAUCAUAGACUAAAUUAGACUUUCAAUCUUGAAGAAUUUCUCUCUUUCACGCUAAACAUUAUCUCUCUGUUCAUGCAUGUGACGAGGUGUUCCUUGCAGAACUAUUAUGAUAGUUAUUGAGUGGUUGCUAAAAGUAUUACUCUUGCACAAAGAUAGAGAUGAAAUAUUACAUACUUGAAGCAGAAAUGAACCCAUCAAUGAGCUCUUCAUUGGAAUCAAGCUCUCUGAAUAUAAGCAACAAGCUGUGUGGUGUGUUAAUGGCUUUGAUAAACUUUAUAGAGGAAGUGAUCUUCUGCUUAGCCGGUUGCUUUGAUCACCACCGUACACUCAAGCGUCAAUACUCAUUCAGUGAUUUUGCUCGCCUUGCUGAUGAAUCCCCAUUCAGUAUAAACGAGGUGGAGGCUCUGCACGAAUUAUUCAAGAAGUUGAGCAGUUCCAUCAUUGAUGAUGGGCUAAUUCACAAGGAAGAGCUUCGAUUGGCAUUGCUCCAAACUUCAGCUGGGGAGAAUCUGUUCCUGGAUAGGGUAUUUGAUCUAUUUGAUGAGAGGAAAAAUGGUUUUAUAGAAUUUGACGAGUUUGUCCAUGCACUUGCCAUCUUUCAUCCUUGUACCUCUAUAGAUAAGAAAAUUGAUUUUUCAUUUAGACUCUAUGAUUUGAGAGAUUCUGGAUAUAUCGAGCCGGAAGAAGUCAAGCAAAUGGUUGUUGCCAUCCUGCAGGAGUCUGGUGUGCAGCUUUCGAAUGAAUCCCUUGAAGCUAUCAUCAGCAGGACAUUUAUUGAAGCUGAUGUUGAUAGGGAUGGCAAAAUUAACAAGGAAGAAUGGAGGACUUUCGUUUUCAAGCAUCCCUCGCUUAUAAAGAACAUGACUCUCCCCUAUUUGAAGGAGAUCACCACAGUGUUUCCAAGCUUUAUAUUCAACACUGAAGUUGAUGACUGAGGAUCUGGGCAUGCAGCUCCCUUCUUAUUGUGGUCACACGUUCAGAAAUGCUUUCAGAUUACCAUGGAGGCAUUAUAUGAGUCAUUCAGGUGGGCUUCACACCCGCUGCAUCUCUGUAUUACAAUGCCUUGAGGCAUUAUAUGAGACAUUCAGGUGGGCUUCACACCCGCUGCAUCUCUGUAUUACAAUGCCUUGUAUUGCCAUCAUCAUGUAAUCAACUUCAACAAAAUUCUAGUCACAUUUUUUUGAGAUUUCACA